GGAUUCAAUUAUUUAUUGCAUUGGGAGCGAACUAUUCGUCCUUAUCCCCGCGGUUCAUGGAAGUCACAACGCGCACAAAGGUUUAACCAGGGAACAGAGUUGUCCUCGCGGCGAAACAGACCCCCGACAAGGGCGCCGGCGCGAGGAGCUGUCAGUCAGGGAAGAGCCCCAUCCCAGGGUGAUGUCAGCGGAUCAGCUGCUCUAUAACAAAGCGGGGAGAAGCCAAGCGUGCGAGUGUCCCUCGGGCAAAGCGAGCUCCGAGGGGGAGAGCGCGUGAAGCGGCCGGCUCUCUUCGGGUUGGGCGAGGCGGGAGGCGCACCUACCGAAGGCAAGGCGCUGCGGCCGAGCAAGCGGACUGCUUUUGCUCUCGGCGGCCUGAGCUAUGGAUAGUGACGAGGAGACGCUGGAAGAGACCGUCGAGGGCAGCGUUCCGCGUCUCCACAUGGCGAAAAUGGAAGAAGAGCUCCUCCUCCGCUGGGGAUUGAGGGAGUAAACGUGGGGUCUUUCUUUACGCCUGGUAGCUUUCCGGGAGGGAGUAGGGUUACCCCCUCCUAUUGGGGUGCGCUUUAACGGGGGAGGGGGGAACCCCACCGAAAGUUUCCAUUCUUUUGCGGAGUCGGUGUUCGAAAGUUGAUGUGGGGCGCGUGGCACAGCCCGGACUGCACUUUGGGGGAAAGUCGCUUGGGGUGAAGAAGAACUUUCUCCUCUUCAGUAAACUCAAAAGGCAUCGCUGUUUCCGUCCGCAGGGACGCUCGUGCUCCAGAGUCCCUGCACACCUUUUGUCGUUCUUUCCCCGUGCAGAAGCGUGGCGUGGAGGCGAGGGUGGAAAUGUAGUUCUAUGCGCUGAAAGCGCAGUUAAGCCUGAAAGCUGCUCGCCUAAAGUUCCGCUACAAUCUGGUACUUUCCGCUCCAGAUUAACACGGUCGGGCGGUUGAGAGUCCAAAGGGGUCUUAGCAGCUGGUGGGAUUCAAAUAAUUUAACAACCGGUUCUCUGCCCUAAUGAUUUCUUCCAACAACCAGUUCACCAAACUGCUCAGAAAGUUAGCAACCGGCUCUCCCGAAGUGGUGCGAACUGGCUGAAUCCCACCACUGGGUAUUAGACUCUCCGGCCGGUUUUAAAAACAUUGUUUGUGCCUUAAGUUUCUCCCUACACUGUCCUUAGGAGGCUCAAAAUAAUCGUACUGUCAAAAAUGUUUUCCUGGACCAUGAGGUCUGGGAGAAGUUUAACAUAAUUUGAGACUUUCAGCAUUUUACAUUAUUAUUAUUGCUUCAAUAAUUUGGAAAAUUCAUGUGCCUAAAAUUACAAAUCUAUUGAUUUGCUUAAAUCUCCUGCAUUGUUAUUGCUUGGGGAUGUAACCCAGAAGUCCACACCCCACAAACUUUCUCCAGUAAUUUUUAAUGUGAGUGUAUAUUUCUGAUGAAAAAUAUUAAAAUGUGUAGUAUUUGGAGUGUUAAAAUGAAGAUUUGGUCUUGAAAAGUUCCUAAACAGAGACAUAAAGUUUUUAACCUGAAUCUAAAUAUUCAUUAUUUUUACUAUUGCUCCUGGAAGUUUCUAGCAAGAUUUUUAGAAUUGGCACGUGUCAAACAGGUUAAUUCUGAUCUGCAGAAUAAUAACUACGUUGCAAUUCUGGCACCAUAUAAUUUGGAAACAAUAACUAUUGUCAAUGGAAGGUUCUGCCUUUUGAACUAAUAUAAAUUAUGUUUAAUUGCUGAUUUAAUGUUUAUAGUGACUACAUUUAAAAUCUGAAAUGUAUUUUAAGUUCAUUAAAUAUGGAAUUCUAUUCCUAGUUGUAUACAAAUUAAGGGUUUGUGAGCAUCGUUGUUGGAUUUUUUAUGUGUUGGCUUAGAUCCAUGGCAGUACUAAACAUUUUUUUCUUUCAAGACAAGGAAAAGUCAAAACUAACUAAGUUCAGUAUUCUAGUGUGGGGCUACACUUUAAAGUUAGUUGGGCUCAUCUAGGUGUACUGUAAUCUGUAACAGAAUGGCACAUGAAUUGAAGAUAAAGAGAGCAAGCUAGAGGAAAUAUUUUACUAAUACUGGGUAACUGAAAACCUGAUCUGAGCUUUGAGUCUCACUAUAAGUCAUUAUAACACAUCACUGAUUACUGUAUUCAAUCAUUUAUGAACACAUCCUGGCUUAUUACUGGCAAGUACCAGUAAUUAUAUGUGCUAUAAUUAGUAAGUGUAUACUAACUUAUAAUUGAGUUUUCAGCAGUUUUAAUGAAUAAUGUCACCAGUCAAAUCCAUAUAGUACAAAUGUCACUAAAUCAUAAACCUAUUAGUAUUGAUGCAUCAUUUAAUCCCAUCAAGAAAAGCUAGUUGCCAACUUUAAAGUUAAUGACUUAGCAUAAAUAUGGCCCAAACGGUUUUUUUAAAGUUUGUAGAAUUGUUUAAAUCAACACUUUCAAUGGAAGAAAAAAGAAUUCUUAAGGCUAUAGCCUGUUUUUAGCAUGUUUUAUUUUUGUAAUCCUCCAGUGAGGACAAUGAAGGAAUAAACAUAGUGAGCAAACCCUAUUUCCAGCCGUUUUGGAUAAAAUGACAGCUGAUGCAGUUUUCAUUCUUGCAGAUAACCAGGAACACUUGAUGAUGAUGGUAUGCCCCAUGGAUUUUGUAUAGUCACAUAUUCUUCCACAGACAGAUUUGAAGGGAACUUUGUGCAUGGAGAAAAGAAUGGUCAUGGAAAAUUCUUCUUCUUUGAUGGAAGCACUCUAGAAGGCUUUUAUGUUGAUGAUGGUUUGCAAGGCCAGGGAACAUACACCUAUGAGGAUGGAGGCGUACUUCAUGGCACUUACAUUGAUGGUGAAUUGAAUGGGCCAGCUCAGGAAUAUGAUGCUGAUGGACGAUUGGUCUUCAAAGGGCAAUACAAAGAUAAUAUUCGGCAUGGAUUUUGUUGGAUUUACUAUUCAGAUGGUGGGUAUCUGGUUGGAGAAGUUAAUGAAGAAGGAGAGAUGACUGGAGAAAAGCUAGCCUAUGUAUACCCUGAUGGGAAGAUGGCAUAUUAUGGGCACUUCAUAGAUGGUGAAAUGAUAGAAGCAAGAUUGGCAAAUGUUAUACUGGCAGAGGAAGAAAAACUACAAUUUGAUGUUAUACCAGGCAGCCCAGUUUACAGUUUUGAUAAAUCUACUUCAUCCUGCAUUUCUACGAGUCCACUUCUUCCUGACCCUUAUGAAUCAGAGAGGGUCUUUGUAGAUGCAUCUCUUAUUUCCAAUGCUGGAGAAGGUUUAUUUACUAAAAUAGCUGCUGAAGCUGGCACAGUUUUAUCUUUUUACAAUGGUAUACGAAUUACACAUCAAGAGGUGGACAGUAGGGACUGGUCUUUGAAUGGAAAUACGAUAUCCCUUGAUGAUGAAACUGUCAUAGAUGUACCAGAACCUUACAGCCAUGUAACCAAAUACUGUGCCUCUUUGGGGCACAAGGCAAACCACUCAUUCACCCCAAAUUCUGUUUAUGACUCAUAUGUUCACCCUCGCUUUGGACUGAUUAAAUGUAUUCGGACAAUUCAAGCAGUGGAGAAGGAUGAAGAACUAACGGUGGCUUAUGGCUAUGAUCACAGUUCCACUGGACAAGACGGGCCAGAAGCACCAGAAUGGUAUCUGGCAGAACUAAGAGCCUUCCAAGCUUCCCUGAAAAAAUGAAAUGCAAGCAGUUUCCCAGUUCAGUACAUUGAAUCUAUGCACCAUCUUUGAUGCUGGAAUCGGAACAGCCAGUGGUUGAUCAUGCUGUGAUUCUUCAAUACUUUUCCUUACAUUAGAAAGAGUUGGAGCCUUUUUUUUUUGUUUUUGCUCCUUGCAGACUAAUGAGUUUUAGCCACUCCCUUAAAAAUAAUCUUUACAUUUUAGCUAAUAGUGCAAAAUGAAUUAUUUAAUACGCUACACAAGGAAGUGUGGCUUUUUUUUUUUUUUGGCAACUAGUCUGCAUCAGCAGCUGUCAAAAUAUAGAAAGAGGACGUUUUUAAAACUUGGUUUUAUCUCUACUGUGGUUUCUCUGAUUCUGCGCAACUACAUUUUGUAUUUGCCAUAUUGUGAUGAUAAUAGAAUUGUGCUAAGUUUAGUAUUCUAAAAAAGCAGUAUAAUUUCAGAAUACUGCUUUAGGGUGUUUUCUGUUUUGGUGCACAAGAGACCUCUCUUUACAUUAUCUUCUUCUUAAAGUUAGCACAAAAGUUUAAACUACAGUGUCAUGGUCGGUAAAAUGAGGACCCAGAUUGUUGGGGGCAAUAUGCUGACUCUAUAAACCACCUAGAGAGGGCUGUAAAGCAUUGUGAAGUGGUAUAUAAGUCUUAAGUGCUAUUGCUACAUGUCGGUUUUUUAAGGCUCUGAGAUAUGUGCCUGGAAGACCAGAGCUGCUAUAACUUUAAUCAUGAUAAUCUCAUUUGAGUGACUUCUACUUGUGCAUAUGAGCAUUUUCUACUGCUUGUUUUUGGUUUCUUACACUGGAGAGCAUAAUGUCAGUUUAUAUAGAACAAAUGAAUCAAGGAUAUACCAAUAAAUUCCUUGUUUGCUAAAUUUAUCUUUUUCUUGCCUUUAAUUGGUAACUUACAAAAUCCUGGAAGCUACCAAUACUCAUCAAAGGCAGAUUUCUGUACAGCUAGGAAAGUAGUAGAGAAAUCCUACAUUGCAAACCUUUUUUAAAAAAACAAGAGUUUUUAAAAAAAACCUCUGAAUAAUUCAGAGAGUUACAUGGAAAACUCAACAUUUUUUACUAUGAAGUGAAUUAUACUUGAGAUUAUCAAACAGUUUUCCAGGAAUCAUGAAAGCACAUUUUACUAAUCCUAGCUAACAUUUAAUAAUAUCAUGACAAAAAAGUAAACUUUCAGGGGUCUGACAUAGUCAGUUACUGGCAUUUCUUAAACAUAUUUUCAAAUAUGUGCAAUAUAUGUUUACAGAAUAUUUGCUCUGUAUUAUAAAAAUAGAAAUGUCUAUUUGCAAUGUGCUUAUUUAUUUAAAAAUAAAUAACUACUGAACUCA